AAGGUACCCCAGGUCCCUCACUUUCAGCACUUUCAGCAAUAGUUUACUGCCUCUACCAAUAAUCAUAAAUCAAUCAACCAACAUGAAGUUCAACAUCCAUCUCCUCCUCAUCGCUCUCCUCGUGGCCUUGGCCUACGCUGCCACCGAGCAGAAGCAGGUGAUCGUCAGCUACCCCAAAGAUACUCCCUACUCUGUCAUCGAGCACGCAAUGGAUGCCAUCAAGGAAGCUGGCGGUGUCAUCACCCACGAGUACAAGACACUCAUCAAGGGCUUCGCUGCCACUGCUUCUACUAAAGUCGUCCAAAGCGUCAAGGCCUUGGGUGAGAAGUACAACGCCAUCGUUGAAGAGGAUCAAGUCGUUUCUAUCGCUGGAACCUCCUCGUAAAAGACAGCUUCACUCAGUCACGAAAUGGGACAAUGAAAUUAUCAGGCGUUCGGAUAAUUAUGAGAACAGUCUACAGGAAUACCUCACAGGACUAUUAGGAUGGGAAUGGAGGGUACAGGAGUCAAUGGAAUUGCUAGGGAAAGAAAGUAGUUUUGUAUCACUGCCAUAGGCAAACUAAAAUCAUGCACUGUUUCGGAAGUCAACUCGUAA